GAUAAAUUUCCCACUUGCAAUCCAAAUGUUGAAUCCCGCAUCGUCCCAAACUCUAAGCCCAGGCGGGACUUCUCUCCUUUCUUCUGAUUAAUAUCACCACCCCGCCUUCCGAUUCGUACUUUCAAUUCCAUUUCCAAUUCUACCCUCCAUCUUCUUCUUCAUCUUCGUUCUCGUAACAUUUCAAUUUAUAACAACAAACAAAACCUUCAUCUUCUUAUUCUUCAAAACCCUAACUCUCAUGGCCGCACCUCCCACCAAGGACCAAGUCCUCUCUCUCCUCGCCGCUGCCAACAACCACGGCGACGUCUCCGUCAAAACCACUUCCCUAAAACAAGCCAAAGACCUUCUUCUCUCCAUCGACCCCUCCCUCGCCGCUGAACUUUUUCCUUAUCUCCUCGACCUUCAGUCUUCUCACGAAUGCCUCGUCCGCAAAUUGCUCAUUCAGAUAAUCGAGGAGAUUGGUUUUAGAGCGGCUGAACAUUCUCCUACGCUGAUUUCUUCACUGUUAACACUUUUACGAGACGGCGAUGUAACUGUGGUAAAGCAGUCUAUUGUCAGUGGCAUCAAUUUAUUCUGUAGUUGUUUUGAGGAGAUGAUUUUGCAGUUUCAGCAACGUGGUAAAGUUGAGAGGUGGUUAGAAGAGAUUUGGAUGUGGAUGCUUAAGUUCAAGGAGGCUGUUUUUGAGAUUGCUCUGGAGGGUGGGUCUAUUGGAGUAAAGUUGUUGGCACUGAAAUUCUUGGAGAUUUUUGUAUUGCUUUUUACAUCUGACAUAAGUUAUCCUGAAAAAUCAGCCACUGAAGGAGUAAGCCAAGCUGUUAAUAUCUCAUGGUUGGUGGAUUCUCACCCUGUCCUCGAUCCAACGGCGCUUAUGACGGAGGCAAAUAGGACACUUGGCAUUUUAUUUAAAUUGUUGCAGUGUGCUGGCAAUCUCCCCGGUUGCUUGACAAUUACUGUUGUGAAUUGUUUAGCAGCCAUUGCAAGGAAAAGGCCACAACACUAUGGUACUAUCCUCUCAGCUUUGCUUGAUUUUGAUCCAAAUGUUCAAUCAGUGAAAGGAUGUCAUGUUGUCAGUAUUCAGUACUCUUUAAGAACAGCUUUUUUGGGUUUUCUAAGAUGCACUUAUUCUCCUAUAAUAGAGUCAAGAGAAAGACUGGUGAGGAGCCUGCGAGCUAUGAGUGCAGGGGAUGCAGCUGAUCAGGUGAUUCGGCAAGUAGACAAAAUGAUGAAAAGUGGUGAUCGCUUUGCCCGUGAUGCUCGAGUUGGCAAGGAUAACCAACCAUCAACUCAGUUGCCAGUUUCUGGGGAAUUAUCCAGGAAAAGACCAGUUCCUCAUGAUAAUGAACAAUUGGCCAAUGGUCACGAGGCCAUUGCUAAGCGGAUUCGUUCUGGUCCUGACUCUGACUCUAGUUUACCUGCUCAAAUAAAUGAUUCUGGGCGAGAUCUUAGCUCCAUUAAUGGAGUGUCGCCUAAUGUCCCUGUUCUAGAAAGUGAAGUAAUUGCCGUUGAGCAAAUGAUUGCCGUUAUUGGUGCUUUGAUUGCUGAAGGAGAAAGAGGCGCCAAAUCUCUUGAAAUACUUAUUUCACAGAUUCAUCCUGAUCUGUUGGCUGAUAUUGUCAUAGCUAAUAUGAAGCACUUGCCUAAGACACCCCCAACACUGGCAAGGUUUGAGAAUCCAUCAGUAGCUCGACCAGUAGGUUCCCAAGUCAGUCAAUCGCAGGUCAUAUUAGCAACUGCUUCAACAAAUUCUGUCCAAUCCUCGGGUGUUUCUUCCGAAGCACAAUUCCCUUCAACUACGGCCAUUUCUACUGCCACUACCUCAUCACCAUCUGAGACAUCUAAUUUUAGCAAUCUUCCUGCCGAUUCUAAACGUGAUCCACGCCGGGAUCCCCGUCGUUUGGAUCCGCGGCGUGGAGCAAUAACUCCUGGAGGAGCAGCUAUCUCAGUUACAGAUGAUACCGGGGCCACAGAAUUGGAAUCUGAGGAUCCUGUGUCUAUUAUUAAACAUGCUUCACAUCAUGUUGCAAGUACUGGUGACGAUACCCAAUCAAAUCUAACAAUUAAAGUAAUAAAUGAUGAUAGGAUCUCCGAAAGCCCUCCAGUUCCAGGAUCUGAUCUGGUUAGUCCCAAAACAGAGGCUCUUGAAGGGCCUGGAGAUCACCGGAUUAUCGAAGCAAAUGCUUCUUUGAAUCCCGGGGUCUCUUCCACCGAUUCAAGAGACGAGGAACUGAGUAUAGUAAAUCUUUUGGAUGAUACUGAAACAGAAGGGACAGAUUCAUCAUCCAUUUUAGAGCUUGAUCAGUUUUCUCUUGAUGUUCAAGUGUCACCCAAAUCGGAAGAUACCUGUCUGGAGUUGCCACAGCUUCCACCUUACAUUCAACUAUCCCAAGAACAGGAAAGUAAGGUGAAACACAUGGCCAUUAGCCAUAUAAUUGAGUCAUACAAACAUUUGCACGGGGAAGAUAGUCAGCAAUUUUGCAUGCCACUACUUGCUAGACUUGUAGCUCAGAUUGAUAACGAUGGUAUGAUCACUGUGAUGCUGCAAAAACACAUUCUUGAAGACCACUGGCGAAAGGGGAAUGAUCUUGUUCUGCAUGUUUUGUAUCAUCUUCACUCCUCGAUGAUAUUGGAUUCAGCUGGAAAUUCUUCAUCUUUUGCUGUUUUAUAUGAUAACUUUCUCUUAGGAGUGGCCAAAACUCUGUUGGAUUCUUUUCCAGCUUCAGAUAAGUCUUUUAGCAGACUUCUUGGUGAAGUUCCAUUUCUGCCUGAAUCUGCUUUGAAGAUUUUGGAGGAUCUAUGCUAUUCUGAUGUUGUUGAUCAUGAUGGAAAAAUUAUCCGUGACAUUGAGCGUGUAACUCAAGGCCUUGGUGCUAUCUGGAGUUUAAUUUUGGGCCGUCCACAAAACCGUCAAAGCUGCUUAUCAAUAGCGUUGAAGUGUGCUGUUCACCCACAGGAUGAGAUUCGGGCUAAAGCUAUUCGGCUGGUGACAAACAAGCUCUUUCAGCUGAGUUACAUAGCAGAAGAUGUUGUGAAUUUUGCAACAAAAAUGCUUCUCUCUGCUGUAGAUCAUGAAGUUUCAAAUGGAGUACCAUCUGGACCUACUGAACAAAGGACGGAGGUCGAAAAUCUUGAAAUAAGUAGUACUUCCCAGGUUUCGGAGCCUGAAAAUGACCCCACUAGAGUUGCUAAACCAACUAUUCAAAGUGUUUCAUCUAUAUCGUUUUCUGAAGCACAACGCCUAACUUCUUUAUUUUUUGCUCUUUGUACAAAGAAACCCAGUCUUCUACAGAUUGUAUUUGAUAACUAUGGGCAAGCCUCAAGAAUUGUAAAGCAGGCUUUUCAUCGCCACAUUCCUAAUCUUGUGAGAGCCCUCGGGCAAUCUUAUUCAGAAUUGCUCCAUAUCAUAUCUGAUCCACCAAAAGGAAGUGAAAAUCUUCUGACACUGGUGCUGCAAAUAUUGACUCAAGACACAACACCAUCUUCUGAUUUGAUAUCUACCGUUAAACAUUUAUAUCAAACAAAACUUAGAGAUGUCACAAUUCUUGUUCCGCUAUUGUCAUCACUCACCAAAACAGAGGUUUUACCAAUUUUCCCACGACUUGUUGACCUUCCAUUGGAAAAGUUUCAAAGGGCACUUGCUCACAUACUACAGGGUUCAGCUCAUACAGGCCCAGCUUUAACACCUGUAGAAGUGUUGGUUGCAAUCCAUGGAAUUGUUCCCGAGAAAGAUGGUCUUGCACUUAAGAAGAUAACAGAUGCUUGCUCGGCUUGUUUUGAACAACGUACAGUGUUCACUCAGCAGGUUCUGGCCAAGGCAUUGAAUCAGAUGGUUGAUCAAACACCGUUGCCCCUGCUUUUUAUGAGAACAGUUAUUCAGGCAGUUGAUGCUUUCCCUGCACUGGUUGAUUUUGUUAUGGAGAUACUUUCAAAACUUGUGACCAAACAGGUGUGGCGUAUGCCAAAACUUUGGGUUGGUUUCUUAAAAUGUAUAUAUCAGACGCAGCCACGUUCUUUUCAAGUAUUGUUGCAGUUGCCACCUCAACAACUGGAAAGUGCACUCAACAGGCAUGCUAAUCUCAGAGCGCCCCUUGCUUCUUAUGCCAACCAAUCAACUGUAAAAUCUUCAAUUAGUAGAUCAACUUUAGUUGUUCUUGGUCUUGCAAAUGAAACACAUGUGCAGCAACAUUUAUCAGCAUCAUUGCACCAUUCCGAGAAGGGUGCUUCAGUUAGUGGGGCAACUCUGACAUGAUAGUUGAGCGACUGACACAAAUUUAGUCCAUGGCAUGACAAUUUGAAAACAUGAUCGAUGAUAUCGGCCAAUUUCCGGGGUUUAUAGGCAACCAAAGAGAAAAAUCACAAAUAAAUAGUUCAUAUAGUGUGAGCCUCAACAGAUUGUUUGAACCAACCAGAAUGCAGCUUAUUGAGUGUUUAUAUAACCCAGUUGAAUCAAGGGCAUGCAUUCUCAAUUAUAUCAACAAUGAGUUUCCUCUCCAUGAUUGGAACUUCAUUCCAGUGCUCCAGGAAAUCCCUCCAGCCUCCUUGCAUUGAUUGUAUCAUAGUUUUUUGCGGGUUUUCCGUUGUAACAUUAUUAUUCAUCCAAUUUUGAUGUUCUUUUUGGUUGCUUUUUCUGGUCAUGAAAUGUAACUGUCUUCAUAUGUGUAAGUCCAUGGUCAUCGUUCUCCAAAGGGUGUGAUAUAAUCCUGAAAAUGUUAAAAUGCAAUUAAGUUUAUGAAAGAAUCCUCAAUUCUAAUUUGGGGCGAGUUGCUAGAGCCUAGAGCUAUAGGAAUUACCCAAUGUGAUUUUUUUUCUAAGGGUGUUCAUAAGUCAAUUUGUUGUAUUGGUAAUAGGAUUUGUUUCAAAAGAUAGAAAUUGAGAUGAUGAUUUAAAAUUUCUUUUACUA